UAUUAAAUUCGGUGCAGUGCAGUCGCACGCAGUGGUGUGUGGUGUUGGUGUUAGUGAAGUUGUUGUUGUUGCUGUAGUUAGGCUCAGUGUGGCAGUGUUUCGUGUGACAAUGUGGUGAUUGUGAACCAUCCAAACAUGUGGAUAACACUGAAGCUGAUUACGAUCUUUUGCUGUGUUGGAGUGGACUGGAGCCAUGCCCUGGAGAAGGAUAUAGAAGUAGCCUGCUUGGAUGGGAAAGCAACCACUAUUGAAGAUGGAGGAGUGGAAGCCAACUGUGGCUACCAGGGACUUACAAGAGUCACCACCUUCGCACCUUGGCUCUUCCAGCUGGCCAACGUUCUACAGAAAGUGAAUGCAUCUCACAAUCACCUCAAGAAGGUGACAGUGUUGCCAGUUUUGCCGAGAGUGUUGACUCUAACCCUUGACCACAACAGCAUCAAAGACAUCGAACCUCUUGCAUUUACCGGGUUGGAGAAUCUGCAGAACUUGGACUUGAGCUACAAUCGGAUUUCAGGAGACAGCCUAAAGGGUGUGUUGGUCGGCAAGAAGACUCCGGGAGGUGAUAGAUUCGAACCUCUGCCCAUCAGGGUCCUCAACCUCGGCCACAACAACAUCAGCAGUCUAGAGCCUGAUGUUGUGGCUCACCUGCAAUAUCUACGGGAUUUAUACCUCGACGACAACCCCAUCACUGACAUCGGGGUGGAGUUCUCCCAGGCGCUGCAGGAACUGACGGAACUCAAGUUAUUGAGCCUUGCUGAAUGCAAGUUAAAAAUACUGCCCAAAGACGCAUUUUCCGGCCUGGAUCUAACCUCGUUGUUGUUGAAUGGGAACCAGUUCACUCAAGUACCAGAUCUUCAACUUCUCGGUAACACACUUAGAGUACUCAACAUGAAUCAGAAUCCGAUCGAAGAGCUGGACGACACUUCAUUCGCUGGGCUGCACAGGCUCAAUGAAAUUAUGAUCUCAGGGAUGCCAAAGCUAACGAAGAUCGGAUCUGGAACUUUCUCGGUUUUAGAAAAUAUCAAAAUAAUCAGCUGUACGUACAAUCCUCAACUUGUUACAAUAGAAGAGAAAGCGUUUUGGAAACUUGAUUUGAAACGGACAAUGCUUCAAGAGGUGUAUUUGAACAACAACAAUCUUCCAAGAGUGAGAAAGAACCUUCUCCCAUGGCUCCGAAUGUCGAAGGUGACCUUGGAUGGGAAUCCGUGGGUUUGCGAUUGUCGUCUGCACUGGCUGGCAAUUCUUCUGCGUAGUAGAAACAACACUGUGGAUCGGCUCACAGAGAUCAAAUGUAAAGAACCAGUCUGGCUUAACGGGAAGCAAAUAGUGUUUUGGGACAUCGAUUUGACCGGCCGACACGAAAACUUCCCCUGCCUCGCUGAGAGGGAAGAAGAAAAACUGCUCCAACAAAAGCUGCUGCUAGAACAGCGAAAAUUCGAACUAGAAAGAAUUAAAAAUGCUACGCCUCCAAAAGAGGAAGAGAGUUCUGUUAAGUUUUACUAUAUCUUUGCCAUUGCUGGAAUUAUUAUCUCAGUUUUAAUUAUUGGUGCGAUCAUUGCAUUCAACAAAUAUAGAAACUACCGGCCAAUUUACAAUGUUGAAAAAGUGUCCGCCAUGAAUAACGAAAUGAAGUACAUGAAGGGUUCGAUCACUGAGAAAGCACAGCUAGUCCCUUAGCGAGUGAAUUAACUAUGCGUAAAUGUUACUUAAAUUUAUGAAUUUAAUUUUAUGACAGAAUUUUACACCUGAAAGAGAUAAAUUUUCAUUUACAAAUCUUAUUUUUGGACUGAAUUUUGUGAAAUAACAACUUCAGUAGAAUUGUGUUAAUUAAAAACACAUUGAGGCUGGAAGACUUAAUUAUGUUACUGUGCCUUAAUUUUUAAGUAGUAAUACGGAGGUAGUUUGCCAUACAGGAAAAAAUACUGAACAAUAAAUCAUAAGUCACUCUAGUCGUAAGCGUUAGGUUAGUCAUUCAAAACAUGAAUGCUUGUAGCAUCACUGUACGAUAAACAUACCAAGUGUGUUCAUUUUUAAAAUAAUGUUCAUUAGAUUUUGUAUAAGGUUAAUAUUGUUCUAUACAAUGUAGCCUACUUUAAGAAUCGGUAGGACCCCCGGCCAUCUUGGAUUUUCUGCCCAUGAUGGCAAUAAUGGUUGAAGCAUAUUACCGCAUUGUUUAUUAAGAUAAAAAGUACCUCAUACCUUAUACCUCCUUCUUCGUCUUUUACCCACAAUGUGUCACUUAACACGGUUACUAAUCAAGUUGCAAAAUAUCUCACUUUAAAGCUAUUCAAACAGCGGAUGUGAUUUGCUAUCUACUAAACAGCGGAUGUGAUUUGCUAUCUACUAAACAGCUGAUGUGAUUUGCUAUCUACUAAACAGCUGAUGUGAUUUGCUAUCUACUAAACAGCGGAUGUGAUUUGCUAUCUACUAAACAGCUAAUGUGAUUUGCUAUCUACUAAACAGCGGAUGUGAUUUGCUAUCUACUAAAAAGUGGAUGUGAUUUGCUAUCUACUUUUUAAUUUUAAUUGUUAUCAUUUUGUCAAAAUACAUCAUUAUUUUGUAUGAACACCACGAUGAUCAACAAAAACAUAUGUUCACUUUGAAGCCUAUUAAUCAUGCACCGUGGAGCAAAAAUUUUUAUGUAAUUAUUAAAUAUAUUUUCUAUGUGAAUUGAUUUUCGUAUUUUUAAAACUUUUGUUUUAGAGGUUGAAAAAAAAUCAUAAUUUAAGUCAAUAUAUUUAUGAAAUUUGACAAAAUAAUAACAAUUAAAACUAAAAAGUAGAUAGCAAAUCACAUCUGCGGUUUCAAUAGCUUAGAAAAAGGAGAUAUUUUGCAACUUUUUAUAUAUUUUUACGCCAUGCUUCAACCAUUAACAUUGCAAUUAUGAGCAGAAAAUCUAAGAUGGCCGGCGGUCCUGCCGACUCCUAAUUUUUAGUAUUAAUUUAUCCUUAGUGUUUUAAAAUUAAAUGAUGGUAUGAUACUCCCAUGAUAAACUCUAAAGAACCAAAGCAAAAAAAAAACUAGGUUCGUUUCAUUGUAUGUCGAUCAGGAUAGGACAAUAACGUAAAAUAAGUGUUUAAGUUGAAAUAACAUUGUAUUAGCAAGCUUAAGUUUUCAUAACUUUGCAGUAAUAUUUUCAUCGCUUUGGUUAUAUAAGUCUGUUGUAAAUAAAACGUUUUAUAUGAAAAAAAUAAAAAUUUACAAGUAUGUUUAUACUUUAUAAA